AGAAACCCAGAAGCCAAAUUGCCCCAUUGCGCAUUGUCGCAUUGUCGCAGUCCCAUCAAAAUAGACCAAGGAGCAAAGACAGAAACCCACACGACUGAAAACCACGGCUAACACAUUUCACAUUCUUAUUUCUCAGACUGAAAAUCUGAGAGAGGGACAGAGAGAAAAAGAGAUUCAGAUUCAGACUGCUAAAGAGAAAGAGAAAUUGAAAUCCAAGAUCUCAAGACCCAGAAGACAAAGACAAGAGAAGAGGAUCAUAAAAUGCAGCAGCAAAAUUGCAAAAGCAAACCGCAGCCAGUUCUUCCGAAACGGAUAAUCUUAAUGCGGCACGGCGAGUCUCAGGGCAAUCUAGACACCGCCGCUUACACCACCACCCCCGACAACAAAAUCCCACUAACGGACGUCGGCCUGGCCCAGGCCCACCUCGCCGGCGCCCACCUCCACCACGUCAUCUCCGACACCGACACCAACAACCCCAACUGGCGCGUCUACUUCUACGUCUCUCCCUACGAGAGGACGCGCUCCACGCUCUGUCAGAUCGGACGGUCCUUCUCCCGGACACGUGUCAUCGGCGUCCGUGAGGAGUGCCGGAUACGGGAGCAGGACUUCGGCAACUUUCAAGUGCAGGAUCGGAUGAAGGCCAUUAAGGAGACCCGGGAGAAGUUUGGCCGCUUCUUCUAUCGGUUUCCGGAGGGAGAGUCCGCCGCUGAUGUCUACGAUCGUGUUUCAAGUUUUCUUGAAUCAUUAUGGAGGGACAUUGACAUGAACAGGCUUCGCCAUGACCCUUGCCAUGACCUCAAUCUUAUAAUAAUAUCACACGGGUUAACAUCACGCGUCUUCCUCAUGAAGUGGUUCAAGUGGACGGUUGAGCAAUUCGAGCACCUAAACAAUCUUGGAAAUUGCGAAUUUCGAGUGAUGCAAUUAGGAAAGGGCGGAGAAUACAGCUUAGCAAUCCAUCACAGUGAGGAAGAACUAGUAGAAUGGGGUCUCUCCCCUGAAAUGAUAGCUGACCAAAAGUGGCGAGCCCAUGCCAACAGGGGUGAUUGGAAUGAGCGUUGCCCCUGGUACCUUGAUGCUUUUUUCGACCGUCUAGCUGACUCGGAAGACAGUGGAGAAAAUGAAGACAUUUGGCAUGAAACUGAUGAAAAGAUUCAGCAAUCAAAUUGAUUGUGCGAGUCGUGAAACCAAACUGAUUCUUUUAGCAUAUGAACAUAGGCUCCUCAGCAAUUGGGUUGGGAAUUCUUUUGAUUUAACAUGUAGUUAAUUGUUGUAUGUUCAUAGUAUCUCUUGAAUGCUGGAAAUAGAAAAUAGCAAUAUCAAUUGGAGUUCAGAAUUUUUACUGA